AUGUUAUGUGAAAAAGAUAUUAACUUUGAUUUCAAUCUUGGAAUAUGUGUAAAACAGGCUUCAAAGAUAGAGAAUUUUAUAACUGCUUAUAUGAAUCUAACAAAUGAAGAAAUAUGUUUAAAAUCUUCUUUAGAUCAUUUUAAAAUUUCAACAGAAAUUACUCUUGAUAGUCUAAUAAAUUUUUUCCUUUCUUAUAAUAACUUUAAUUUUUAAUAAAUCCCGGAUUUAGGGCUGUCACAGAUUGACAAUUUAAUCAAAGAUUUAUGUUAACUAGAAGAUUGCGAAGAAAACUUAUAUAAACAACUUAAAUAAUAAAUUCAACAAAUAACAUAGAUUGUAAAUGAAAUAUUAAAGAAAAUCAAGAAUAAAACAAAUAUGAAGGGGAAUGAUAUUUUAAAAAGUUUACAUUGCAAUAUUGAUAAAUAAAUUUUAGUAUAACCAAAGCCUUUAAGUAUAUUAAAACCAAAUCUAAACCCAUUCACUUUUGAACUUAUGGAUUAAAAUUCAAUUAAGUAAUAAGAAUGGUAUUGUGCUAUUGCUUUUAAUAGAGAUAACUCAAUCGUAGUAGCUGGAUCUUAAAAUGACAUUAAAGUUUUUCAACAUAAAUAAGGGAGACUUAAUUAUAUAUUCAUAGCUAAGAGAACAUAAAAAUCAUGUUAAUACUUUAAAUUUCAUGAAAAAUUCAAAUAAUUUUGUAUCUGGAAGUAUUGAUCGUUCAAUUAUAAUAUGGUAGGAGAAUGGACACAAUUAAUGGAAAUGUUAAUAAAAAUUGAAUGGACAUUAAGAAUAGAUAUCGUGUUUAUUGCUGAACAACAUAGAUGAGUUAAUUAUCUCAGGAAGUUAAGAUGGUACUAUAAAAUUUUGGAUGAAAUAGAAUUAAUGGAUAUGUUAAUAAACCAUAAGUGAUCAUACUGGUUGGGUAUAUUCAUUAAGUUUAAAUGAAGAAUAAAAUAAAUUGAUCUCUUGUUAGACUGAUUAAUAAAUAUUAGUAAUAGAAUUGUUAAAGUGGGAUAAAAAAUGGAGUGUUACAUAAAAGUUAAAGGUAGAUUAAUAUGGGUGUAGAUUAUGUUUUAUUAACGAUAAUUAAUUUACAUUCUAACCUUUUUGUAAAGAGUAAAUACAUUUAUAUGAAUUGGAUAGUAAUACUAAAUGGUAUAAGAAAGUUAAGCAAAUUGCUGUAAAAUGUGGUUCAAGUAAUGAUGUUAGUUUAUUUCCAUAAUAAUAUUUUAAAUAAAAAUGCCUCCUGGUAAAUAAGAAUGGCUGUAAUAUUAAUUUGAUGAGGAAAUAAGAAAAUGGGGAUUUUAUAAUAGAAUAAUCUAUUCAAUAUAAUAGUUAUAUUAUUUUUGGAUAAUUAAGUAAUGAUGGAGAGUAUUUGAUCACUUGGGAUUAUGAAUCAAAGGAAAUACAAAUAAGAAAGUGCAAAGAUUGA